UGCUAGGGACAAUAUUUGAAAUAGAUCAGAGAGUUUAAAAUGCUAAAGCAAGAGUUCCACUCGUAAUUUCAGAAGAAAAUAGGAGUCUUACGGGAGAGUACAAUUCUAACAUUGAGCUGAAUUAUUGUGACUACAUCUAUAAUUUGAUAGCAAAUUCCAAUAUUUUACUUUCCUAAUAUCAGAUACUACAAAAUAUGGCUUCCAUUUUACCUGCCUCCAAUAGACCUGAUGAGCAUGCAUACCGUGGGAAAAGGUUUGUACAUGUUAAAAAUCCUUACCUGGAUACGAUGGAUGAAGAUAUUCUCUACCACCUAGAUUUAGGAACAAGAACACACAACCUACCAGCAAUGUUCGGGGAUAUAAAGUUUGUCUGUGUCGGGGGAAGUCCCAACAGAAUGAAAGCAUUUGCACUGUUUAUGCACAAAGAGCUUGGGUUGGCCAGAAGUGGAGACGACAUUAAGGACAUCUGUGCUGGAACAGACAGAUAUUGCAUGUUCAAAACCGGCCCUGUGCUCUCCAUCAGUCAUGGCAUGGGCAUCCCCUCCAUUUCUAUUAUGCUUCAUGAACUCAUCAAAUUACUACACCAUGCACGAUGUUGUGACGUUACCAUUAUCAGAAUGGGUACAUCAGGGGGAAUCGGAAUUGCACCAGGCUCGGUUGUAAUAACAGACACAGCUGUAGAUUCCUUCUUCAAGCCCCAGUUUGAGCAGGUGAUUCUGGACAACAUUGUUACUCGAAGUACUGAACUUGACAAGGAACUGGUAGAAGAGCUAUUCAACUGCAGCAAAGAAAUUCCCAACUUCCCAACCCUCAUCGGCCACACGAUGUGUACCUAUGACUUCUAUGAAGGACAAGGUCGAUUAGAUGGAGCACUGUGUUCUUUUUCUAGAGAAAAAAAGUUAGAUUACUUGAAGAGAGCAUACAAAGCUGGUGUCAGGAAUAUAGAAAUGGAAUCUACAGUGUUUGCAUCCAUGUGUGGACUCUGUGGCCUAAAAGCUGCCGUGGUCUGUGUGACCCUUCUUGACAGACUCCACUCUGACCAGAUCAACCUGUCCCAUGAUGUAUUGGUGGAGUACCAGCAACGGCCUCAGCUGCUAAUUGCAAAUUUCAUCAAAAAGCAGCUUGGACUUCAUGACCAGAUGUCAUAACUUGGCAAACCAACUCUCCCUUUCAAGUUGGUAGAUCAACUUGUGAUGUUGAGACUAUGUAUUAUUUGCAGCAUGUUCAUAUCAUCACCAGUCACUUGCUAAAAUCAUAAUGGAGAGAUUUCUUUGUUUCUUUGUCUUAAAAAUGAACUUAUUGUAAGAGACUUUAAUAUCCAAAUUAAAUUCAAAUUCCAUUUUCGAAUAAGUUAACUGAAUCAGUCAAGUAAUUAAAAUUUUAAACUCCUGGACUGUGACAUUUGGAGUUUCAUAUAUAGCAUUAAUUAAAUUCACAUCAAAAUAGAUCAUCCAUGUGCAGAGAGUUACCAGUCAUUCUCCUUCUGAAAUAGGUCCAGAAAUUCAUGUUAGGAUAUUGUCAGGCACUUCGAGAUGUUGGACAAAUGGCAGAAAUUGAUCAUGCACAUUUAAAAUAUUGACAGAAAAAGUGUCAAAAAUGGAGAUCUGCAAGGGAGAGUUAUUCUUAGGGAAGUAUGAUCAUACUUCUUUUCAGUGUCCACACAAUCUCAGUGCAGCAGAAUGGGAUUAGAGGUUUAUAUGGGCCUCUGUUUGUGAUUUAAUCACAAACCAUAACAACUCGGGAUUACACAUUUAUUGUAAAAUGAAAACUCCUGGUAAUUCAAAGAUAGCUCUUUCUUCAGAAACCACAAUGACUAAAUUGCUUUCUGGUAAUCUUAUUUUUUUCUUUUAAGGAAAUGUGCUUUGAGGAGGUUGUAUAUAUGUUUUGUUUCAAUGUGAACUUGGCUAAGGAAUUACCAACAACUGAAUUUGUCCAGAUGCUAAUACACCCCUAUACCACUCAGCUCUCUGGGAGGCAAGGUGCACUUACCGGUCACACCAUAUUCUCUGUGAGCUAAUCCUGCCUUCUGUAUUCUUGUGAAAUGGACAUACUGAGGAAAGAAUGGAUGAAGGUGGAAGUAGAUCAUUGCAAAUUUGUAUAAUAUAUAAUAUUGUGUACAUAUAUUUAUAUGGUUGAAAUUCAGAUAAAAUUCCAUUCCAACCAUGAUG